CCCAAUUCGAGAUGAGACGAAUUCUUAUUAUGGCCAAAUCCUUCCUUCUGGAUGCUGAGAUUUGACCCAAAUCGACGAGAUUCGACGAUGAGCAACCCGGAAGAAAACAAAGGAGAAGCUGGGAGAGCAGAUAGUCAAGAUCUGCGUUUGUUGGCCGUGAAGCAAUCUGCGGCGGUGAAACUGUGUCUACUCGUUCGGCGCCCAGCGUUAAUUGCACUUUUCCAGUGCCUCCAUGGAUUCUUCAACCUCUCCACCUCUUGCAUCUUCUUCAAUCCCGGCAUAGCAGGGGAGACGCGCGGCGCCAGGAAUCCUCCGAUGGGUCUUCGAGUCUCGUCGACAUAGAGAGCAAUGGCGAGGUGGAGAGUUUUUGGUGGGGAUUUAUUUAGGGGUGGGGAUUUAUUUAUGGGUGGCGCCAUGCUUAGUGGGUGAGAAGAAGGGUCUGGCGGAGAGGGUAGGUGAAGGAAUUUGAAAGAGAGAAGAAGAGUCUGGGUAGGCGAAGGGAUUGGGGAGUCUGGGUAGGUUUUGGAAGACGAUGGGGACGACGGAGAGGUUAGGUCUAGGGAUUGGGAGUCUUUUUAUUAAAUUGGUUUCCUUUUAAUUAUUUUUGUGUUCAUUAAUUUAUUUUUUAUUUUCAUUAAAUUUUAUUUAUAUUU